AAUUGAAAGACGCAGCUGGUAAUUCCGGCGACAAACUCUCCGUUCCGACUUGAAGUUUACCAUCUUUCAACCAUGUUUCUUGUCGACAAAACUCAUUUAACUUCCCAUUUCAAAUCCAUCGGGAAGAAACCCACGCAUGGCCAAAAAGGCUACCAACUACCUGCUCGAUUCUUUGAUGAAAAGGUAAUUCUCCAUCUAAAAACUCUAACUCCACCAUCCCGUUCGUCGAUUAUCAGCUUAUCCUGGCUGUCGAAGGCCGUUUCGUUUCUCUCCAUGGUUCACUCCGAAGCGCAGGAUCAGAUUUCGAGUUUAGGAUCUGAAUCGGAUUAUUAUCAGGCUUUGUAUAUGGAUUACAGUGUAAAGGUACUGGAUCUAUGUAAUUUGAUCUCGUCGGCGGUUCAGCAAUUGACUGAGCGUCGCCUUCUGAUGAAUCUCGGCCUUCGAUUGAUAAAUUCAUCCGGUCAGAUCCCGUCGCCUGAGAAACUAAAAAAGGCGAAGGACGCUCUCAUCAGAUCCGUUCACCACAGACACGACACUUCAAAGGAGAAAGGUAUACGCGCAAAGGCUUUGAUCGAAGAAUUGACUUCCGCCAUCAAUAGCCUGCCGCUUGGUAAGACAAGUAGCGCAAAAGAUAUGAUCCGUCGCACGUUACACGGUCUCGGAGUCUUGACUGUCUUCAUAGCCAGCGUUUUGGUUGCCGUGCUGUACGGACAGUCCGAUUCGGUUGAAGUGCGAGUUCCGGACGUGUUCCUUUGGGCGGAUUCGGUCAACCGUAUGCAGACACAAAUCUUCGAGCUGAUAAAGCCAAAGCAAACCUCAGACGGAGGACGAACAAAAGGAUGGUUGUUAGAGCUUGACGAUACAGCAAGCCGAUCUCUAGCCAUAUGCGAUCUCCUUGAUGAGAUCGUCUUCGACGGCGACGACAACCGGAGCCGAUUGGAGAAUGGCGUCAAAGAACUGGGAAACGCGGCGGCAAACUUCUCGGACGUCGUUGACGGGUUGACUAACGGCGUUAACGGUUUGUUUAACAGUGUCUUGAAAACACGUAACGGUGUAUUAGACGGAGUUAGGAAGGCAACUUGGUAGGUGUGUGAAUACGACCUUGGUGUACCGUGUGGGGUUGUUUAUAAUGUUUUUGUAACGUCAAAUUCAACCGAAAGCUCUAUACAAUUCCGUAAUAAAAUUUCACACGUCUAAAUCAC